AUGAGAGUAAAUGUGGCGCUUUUUAUUGGAGGCAUUCCUCAGCAAACCGACGAAGAAUUGCUACGAAGAAAACGGCCCAAUAUUGUGGUGGCGACCACCGGAAGACUCCGUGGAUUCAUUAGGGAUCGCAUCAUUGACUUGAGUCGAGUCAAGCACUUUAUUAUCGAUGAGUUCGACCAUAUGCUCGACCGUAAAGAGCGAUCCAACACUUUGGAAGACGUGCUGUUUAUCAACAAAUAUCUGCCUAAAGACAGACAGGCGAUGAUGUUCAGCGCCACUGUUACCCAAGAAUUAAGAGUUAGGGCUAAAACUCUGAUGAAUAACCCGUUGGAAGUGAUUAUAGGCGACGACAGCAAACUUGUUCUUCACGGCCUCCAACAGUUCUGUGUCCGCAUUACAGAGAUGGCAAAAGUUAAACAACUGUAUGACAUCCUGACGACCACUGACUACAAACAGGCCAUUGUCUUCGUGCAAAGAAUCAAUAGAUGUAAGGCUUUGUGUGAAUUGCUCCACAAUUUGGGUGUCUCUGUACUUCCCAUUCACUCGGAUUUAACACAAACCGUGCGAUUAGAUAAUUAUCAAAUGUUCAGGAAUUACCGAAAGCGCACACUUAUUACUACCGCG